AUGUGGUUUCGGAGCAAUGGUGAUGUCCAGCCAAGUACCUCACGUGCCGGCUCAGUCCUCUCUGCCCUCUCCUGGGGCACGUCUGGGAGAACGACUACAACGAGCCACCUCCCUUCGCGUACCGGACGGCGAACGACGACCCUGGAGGCAAUGAGUAUGCAUGAAUGUGUGACGCCUGAUCGAUGGUGUGUGAACCGGGCAGAUCUGAAGUAUCUCAGGUCUCAAGUCUUUCAUGCGAUUCAGGAGGGUCAAAUCAUUUCUUCUGGAAGCAGCGACAGUGAGGACAGUGACGAAAGCCCCUAUGAAGACAAGUUUGGGCCGAGCAUCUAUGUGGUCAAUGAGAUGUAUAUUAAGCCAGUGACAGCGCAAGCUGGUAAGAUGAGUUGGGCCUUGAUGCGCAAUCCAGAGGGCUUGGAUUGUGAUGUUUUUGUGAGCCACGCUUGGCAGGAAGGCAUCUUCGAAUUUCUCUCGAAAGUGCUCACUUCGUGGCCGUCCAGAGCGCACAACGCGUGGUGUUGCAUGCUGGCGAACCCACAGAAUUUGAACAUUGGUUCCAUGUUGCAGUCGCCCAAGACCUCACCCUUCGCCUUGGCUCUACAAGCGUCUCGCUAUGUCUUGGUGGUGCCCAAUCGUCACCAGAGCGUCUACUGUCGCCUUUGGUGCGGCUAUGAGGCCUACGUCGCCUCGGAGAAUGAGAAGAUCAUCCAAAUUGCCACAGCACCCAGUUGGGGCCCCAUGGUUUGGACCUUGAUGAGUUCCAUGAUGCCCAUUCUCCUGGGCCUGACGAUAGGUACAAUUGCACCAUCUCAAGCGUGGCAUCUCAAGCUGGAAGCAGCUGUCGUGGCCGGAAUUGCAGCUAUGAUAAGUACCUGUACCAGAUCCAAUUGGCGGCUGAUAGCCAACUAUGUAGGUCUUGUGGCUUUUGCUUCAUUGGAAAGUCUGGGUAACCCCUUCCGGGUACACUUCCAGAACAUCCCUGACACCAUGGAAACCUUCGUACAUCACUUAUACUGGGCCUCCGCCCUGAGUUUUUUCGUGGUCGCGGAGUGCGACCGCGUGCGGAGCAAUCAAAUCGAAGACGAAGGCCGACAGCUCCGAAAGAAGUACAAGGGCUCCAUACAGUUUGCCUCGUGUUCCGAGCCCAAUGACUUGCGGAACAUUUGGGAUGAACUUGGUGACCAGGUUCAUGAGGUGGACAAUGCCAUCAAUGUGCUCAUCUCUGCUGGUGUCUCCUCCCCAUCACUGCGAAGAGCUGCGGAGCUGGGAGUGAAGAUUGAAGGUGCUGGACAUGCCGAAGUGGCCGUGGCGGUGGUGGUCUUGGGGCCCUUCCACUUUCUGAGUCUCAUUCAGAUCUUUCACUUCUUGCAUACUUUGUUUCAUCAUGGGCAGAGUGGCUUUGCUUUGCUCACCAACAUCCUAACUGCCCUGGGAACGCUGGUUCGAAUCUACUUUCUGGUGAUGCUUUGCAUAAGUCCCGUGGACCAGAGGAUGUUCCUGCUGAAGAUCAUUACUAAACUUGUGGCCGCCACAUAUAUUCCAUUGGCACUUGUUGUGGCGGUCAUGAGCCAUUAUUUCAAGGAGAGAUUGUUGAUCGCACUGAAGAUUGUUUUUCUGUGUUUUCACUUGACCUUGUUCGUCACCUUCUUUUUCGCUUUGCUGGGCAUCCCGGGCACUUUGAAGCUGCCAGGUGGCCGCUGCAUGUUGCACUACAUCCUGGCAAGACAAGGUACUUUUGAGAGAUACACGGAGAUGCAACGGCAAGAUUCCAUCACCAGUAGCGAGGAGGAUUGA